GUCAGUGGGCGAGCCGCUGGUGAGGGGUGGCCACCGUACACCCGCAGCUCUGUGUGUGUUGGGGGGGAGGGUCCUGGAACCUGCCGGGCACCUGGCUGACGCAGUCGCUCACUCGCCACCCUUGACUCUGCGGGAUGUCCGACUGGGCUCUGGUGCCCUUCUCCGCGCAGUCUGAGCUCGCCCUUACUCCACCUCUCGCUGCGUCUCUCGGUGGCUCCGAGUCUUGGUGUCCGACUCUCCGUGUCUCUGUGCCCCCGCCCCCGCCCGCAGACGUGUCCCGGGCCGUGGAGCUCCUCGAGCGACUCCAGCGCAGCGGGGAGCUGCCCCCGCAGAAGCUGCAGGCCCUCCAGCGAGUCCUGCAGAGCCGCUUCUGCUCCGCCAUCCGUGAGGUGUAUGAGCAGCUCUAUGACACGCUGGACAUCACUGGCAGUGCUGAGAUACGCGCUCAUGCCACAGCCAAGGCCACGGUGGCUGCUUUCACAGCCAGUGAGGGCCAUGCACAUCCCAGAGUAGUGGAGCUGCCCAAGACAGAUGAGGGCCUGGGCUUCAACAUCAUGGGUGGCAAAGAGCAGAACUCGCCCAUCUACAUUUCCCGUGUCAUUCCUGGAGGAGUGGCCGAUCGCCAUGGAGGUCUGAAACGUGGGGACCAACUGCUGUCGGUGAAUGGUGUGAGUGUUGAGGGUGAGCAGCAUGAGAAGGCAGUGGAGUUACUGAAGGCCGCCCAGGGCUCGGUGAAGCUGGUGGUGCGUUACACACCUCGAGUGCUGGAAGAAAUGGAGGCCCGUUUUGAGAAGAUGCGCUCUGCACGCAGGCGCCAGCAGCACCAGAGCUACUCGUCCUUGGAAUCUCGAGGCUGAAAUCAGAGAUCUGGAUCUUCACCCUCACCCUCUCCCCCUGUACAGUAUUUAUUGUCACUGGCUCCUUAUUUAAAGAUGUUUGACCCUCA